UAGCUUAUUAUUAUAACAGUCUAUUUUUAUUUAAUUUUGGCUAGCUAUUUACUCUUCCUGAGCAUUGGCUUACCAAAGAACAAAAAUAACAGAAACAAACAUGGUUCUAUCCCAGUUAUAUGGCUAUCAUUUGAAAUUCUGAUACAAAUAAUUUAUCCAGGCAUAGUUACUAUUUUUUCCUCUACAUCUAGCUUGGCAGCUUUGUAUCUUUUUCACUUCAAGAAAGUUAUUAAUUUGUGGUAAGUUUGUCUAAGCUGAAAUAUUUUUAGUUGGGAUGUAACCAGCUCUGGAAACAUGAAUUUUUCUGUACAAAUAUUUGGAUUGACUUAUGUACAGAGUGAACAGUUUGUCUAGUUCAGUAGUUCCUGAAUUGUGGUCCCCAGGCCAGCAGCAUCAGCAUCACCUGGGAAUUUAUUAGACAGGUAUAUGUAGAUACCCCAGUCCCAACCCAGACAUACUGAAUCAGAAACUCUGGGGGUAGGGCUUGUAAUUUGUGUUUUAAUAAGCCCUCCAAGGGAUUCUAUGCAUACUGAAGAUUGAGAACCACUGGUCUAACUCUAAAAUACUGUAGAGGUAGAAAUGACUGUCUUAACAAAAAUCAAACUUAAAAUGAGUACUCUUCUAGUUUUCAGUCUAAAUCAUAUCCAUCAUCAGGUAUUUAUUGGAUGCCCAUUAUUGAACCUUGUAUUGGAGGAGAUCCUAAUAGACAAAGGGAUAAAACAAUGGAUGUUAAAUAUGGCAUUAACAGGACUACUAUUUAUAUGAAAAUGUUCCUUUUAAUAUUUUAGUGAGAUUUUAUUUUUUAUAGGUUCACCCCAAUAAAACUUACUUCACAGUAGCUGAAAAAGGAUAUUUUCCAAACAUUAUCAUCUAUGAAUAUCCUUCUCUGAGGCCCUACAGAAUCCUUCGGGUGGCACCUUGCUGGCCUCUGUUGGUGGCAGCCCUGACUACACACUGACCAUCUGGAAUUGGAAAGACGAGCAAAUCGUACUGAGGACCAAAGCUUUUUCCCAGGAAGUUUUUAAGGUUACUUUCAAUCCUGAAGAUGAAGAGCAGCUUACUACAUCGGGGUCAGGCCACAUCAAGUUCUGGGAAAUGGCUCUUACAUUCACUGGCCUUAAGCUGCAGGGAUCGUUAGGUCGAUUUGGCAAAACAGCUACUACUGAUAUAGAAGGUUACAUAGAGCUCCCAGAUGGGAAGGUGCUUUCAGGGACAGAGUGGGGCAACUUGUUGCUUUGGGAAGCGAGCCUCAUCAAAGUUGAGCUCUGUCGAACUGGAAGGAAGUCUUGCCACCAGGGUCCCAUUAACCAGAUAAUGCUGGAUGAGGGUGAAGUUAUCACUGUCGGGUCAGAUGGGUGUGUUAGGAUAUGGGAUUUUGAGACAAUAGACACUGCUGAUGUUAUAGAUGAGACUGGUUUAUUGGAGAUUGAGCCGAUUAAUGAACUUCAAGUAGACAAAAAUGUCAGACUCUUCUCUAUGAUAAAAAUGGAUGAACAUGGAAAUAAUUUUUGGUUGGCUCAGGACGCCAAUGGAGCCAUAUGGAAGCUUGACCUUAGUUUUUCAAAUAUUACUCAGGAUCCUGAAUGCCUCUUCUCCUUCCACUCUGGGGCUAUCCAGGCCUUGGCUGUCUCUCCCCUCACUUAUAUUAUGGCCACUACUGCCCUGGACGGCUCUGUUCGAAUCUAUGAUUUUGCUAGCAAAACCCCCUUGGUUCAAAUGAAAUUCAAGCAAGGAGGUACAGCCCUCACUUGGGUACACCAACUGGUAAACAUCAUGGGAGCAGAGAUUAUUGUAGGAUUCGAAGAUGGAGUUGUUCGAAUUCUUGAACUUUAUGAUCCAAAAGGGACCACAGUUUUUGCAGGACGGAAGAAAAUUUUGGAUGCAGAUAUUCAGUUGAAACAUGUUUUCAAACCCCAUACUGCUCCUGUCACUGCUUUAGCUUAUGAAUGUGAUGGAGAAAUUCUAGCCACAGCAAGUAAAGAUCAAACUGUUUUCUUCUUUGAAGUGGAAAAGAAUUAUAAGCCAAUUGGUUAUAUUAAUACUCCUGGACCUGUUUGCCAGUUAAUGUGGUCUCCAUCCUCUCAUCCUGAAAGUACUCUACUGAUUUUCUGUGAGAAUGGCUAUGUUCUUGAAGCCCCACUUCCAAUCAUAAAGGAGGAAGUAGAGGACCAUGAUGUAGUUUCCUAUGAAAUCAAGGACAUGUGCAUAAAAUGUUUCCAUUUCUCAAGUGUCAAAUCUAAGAUUCUGAGAUUUAUCGAAAUUGAAAAGAGAAAGAAACGAAAGGAGUUGAAGGAGCAGGAAAGGGAAGAAAGGAGGAAGCAACUACUAGAAGAGAUGGGAGAAGAUGGAGAAAAAAUUUUUCCAGAGCAGGAGGAGGAGGAGGCAGAGGAAGAGGAGCCAUUACCUGAAAUCUUUAUUCCUUCAACUCCCUGCCACAUCCUCUGUGGAUUUUACUCCGAGCCAAGGAAGUUUUGGGCCUCUUUGGGCGGUUAUGAUUCUGGUUUUCUAUAUCACUGUGAGUUCCCCCCAUAUGAUAAAAACAGUGAUAUCAGAGAACAAAAAGAUGAACCUUUUGAUUUCCGUUUUCUUGAGGACACCGAAGAUAAUCCUAUUCAAACUAUCACUUUCAGCAUUAACCAAAUUAUGAUGUUUUGUGGAAUGAACAAUGGAGCAAUUCGGGUCUAUGUCUUAAAUAAGAAUGAUCCUUCACUGACUGAUAUGGUGCACUACUGGCAUUUCAGUAUGCAUGACAAUGAUUAUGGAUGUAUUAAAAGCAUCUCUACUAGCUUUGAUGACCGUUUCCUUGUGACUGCUGGAGCAGAUAGUAAUAUCUUUGUUUUCAGCCUUUUUUCUGAAUUAGAGUUAGAGAAAGACAUCAAAGCCAAAGUGCCAACUCCCAGGUUUGGAAUUGAAACAGAGAUAAUUCCAGAAGAUAUUGAAGAUCCCAAAGCCUACAGUAUUGAGAAUGCCAGGAGAAAAAGAGAACAUGACAAGUUAAUGAAAGAAGUGGAAGAGAUAAAGGCUGGAAAGAGAGAACAACUCAAAGUUUUGAGGAAUGAAUUUUGGAAACUACUGAAAAUGAAUGAAGAAUUACCAAAGCAUAUGCAGUUUACACGGGAAGAUUUUGAUAUAGACUCCAAAAUCCGUGCCGAGAUUAACAGAAAAACGACUUACAAAAUUCGACGAGUAGAAAAGGAAUUAGCUUGGGAAAAAGAGAAGCAUCAUCUUGGCCUAAUGAAGCUACAGAGUAGAUUUCGAGAUUCAUUGGAAAGUGAUACUUUUGUGGUUUAUGCCAUUCAAAGUGACCACAAGAUAUCCUCCUAUAGGCUUGUGAAGCCCUCAAAGUACGCCAAAGGCAAGCGAACAAGUCAAUCAGAGAGAAGAAUGAGCAAAUUCGAGAGGCUUGAAAAAGAGGGAGCUGGAAGAAGGGAUAGCCAGAGAGAUACAGGUAUAAGUAUUAGCAUACCAGAAGAAUCAAUUAUAGAAAAAGGGAAGACAUUUCGGCCUAAAACCUUAAGUGAAAUUAUGGUGGAAAAUCAAAUUGAGAAAACAAGGAAACUUAUACUUAAAGCUGAAAAGGCCCAACAAAAAAUUCAGCAGCGGAAAAAGGAAUGGGAAGAACUAUACAAAAGUAAACCUGCUGAUGACUUUGAAGAUCCCAAAGAUGUUCAGGCCAUCAAAGAGGCCCAGUUACAUAUGGGAGACUUCAAUCUGAAGACAGCCACAGACUACAAGAUACCUGAGCACAUGAGAAUAAAUGCUGCCAAGAAGGAAGAGGAACUGGGCACCCUAGACACUAUGGUCCAUGGAAAGAAAAUGCACAUGAACAAGUGUAUCCUCGCUCUUCGAGAUCUUAAAGUGGCUGUUAUUGAAGAAAUACAAUGCCUGGUACAAGAACUGAAGAACAUCCAGUCAACUCUUCACAAAUCCAAACACAUCCCCAUUCCCCAAGUCCCUCAGAUACUCCCUGAAGAAGAUCCAGAAAAGAGAUUUCACUAUGAUGAGGAAACUCUACUAGCCUUUAAGCGACGGGAGAUGAAAAGGCAGGAUGGAAAGUCCCCCACAAUGGAUCAGACAGGCUAUGGAACCACUGGUGGAGGAUUCCUCAUAUCCUCUCACAGAAGGGAUGGGGAUCUGAUGACACGAGAUUCAGUAUCUAGAUCGUCAAAGGCAUCAACGUACAGCCUAGAUAUUCAAAAGUUAACAGAAUUUGAAAAAGCAGAGCCAACAGAUGUGGAGCUGGAGAUUAUGAAAAGGGAUGAGAUUAAACACUCGUAUAUGCAACAGUAUUUGACCAACAGGAUUAAAGAACUGAUUGUCACUUUUGAUGCAGAACUCCAUCUCCUGAGACAUCAGAAACUGAAAUUAGAUACUAAGAUGAAGUUAUCUGACCUGCACCAUCUCACAUUAUUUCAAGAAAUGCUUCUCCUCAAGAAUUUUGAAAAACAAGAGAACAUACUACAAGAGCGUGUUAAUUCAUUAGACAAAGAGGAGCAGGACAUGCAAUGGAAAAUAAAUGAGACUCUUACAGAGAUGGAAGAAAAGAAAAAUGAAGUCAACAAGCUUCAGGACCAGGAAAAGGCACUCUAUGCUGGCUUCCAAACAGCUCUGGGAGAAAACAAUAAAUUUGCCAACUUCCUCAUAAAGGUCCUGAAGAAGAAGAUAAAACGGGUGAAGAAAAAGGAGGUUGAAGGAGAUGUCGAUGAAGAUGAGGAUAGUGAUGAAUCCAGUGAUGACGAGUCCAGCUUGGAGAGUGAUGAAGAUGAGUCUGGAUCUGAAGAUGAGGUUUUUGAUGAUUCUAUCUGCCCUACAAACUGUGAUCCAGCUCUUUUUGAACUGGCCCUUCAACUUCGAGAGAAAAGGCUGGAUAUUGAGGAGAGCUUAGUUGAAGAAAAGAAGAUUAUUGAUAACCUCAAAAAGGAAUAUGAUAUAUUGUCCAAAAAGGUAAAAGUUGUGGCAACUAAUCUGAAUGCAGCAGAGGAGGACCUGGAGGCUUAUCAACGAGAGAAGCAGCAGCAGCUGAAUGAACUACUGGUUGUGAUGCCACUGAAGCUUCACCAGAUAGAGUAUGUGGCAUUUGGAGAAAUACCUACUGAUCUUUCUGGUACUUUGGUAUUUUCUAACCAAUUCUUGGGACGGCUGCAAGAAAGAAUCUUACAGCUCCAGGAGGAAAAUGUCCAGCAGCAAAAACUUAACAAAGAAUGCCGGGAGAGGCGUAAACAGCUUGUCAGAGAAAAAAGAGAGAUGGCAAAAACGAUACAAAAGAUGGAAGAAACAGUCCGUCAACUAAUGAUCAGCAAGUUUGGCCGUGUGAUAGACCUAGAAGCCCUUCAGACACUUUCUGUUAAUACAACACUUGAAGAACUAAAGAUCAAAAAACUUCGAAAAGAGCUAUUGAAUGCAAAGGAAAUGAAGAUGUGGGAGGAUAAGAUUGCUCAAGUGCGAUGGGAACUGAUGAUGAAGACAAAAGAGCACACCAAAAAGCUCCACCAGAUGAAUGAUUUAUGCAUUGAAAAGAAGAAACUUGAUUCUCAACUGAAUACACUACAGAACCAGCAGGGCAAUGCCUUCCAGGGCCUUCGGAAAGCAGAUAUUGUGGCAAAACAGAAGGUCACUGAAUUGAUCGAAGUCCAGGCAGAAAGGAUUUUGGCUUUGAAGGAAGAGAUUGCUCUUUUGCGAAAGAAGGGUGGCCUUGUCCUCCCACCUAUUCGUUCUCCACAAGGGGAUGAAAUGAGGCCUGUUGACCUUUAGGUUUGCUUUAUUCUCAAAUCCAUCAAAGAUUUUUAUGACAUAUAUAAUUCACCAGAAGUUCUGUUUCCUUGUCACCAGCAAUCCCAUUAUUUUCAAGUGAACUUAUCUAAAAGUCAGUAAUCAGAUCCAGCCAUGUCAUUUUAAUAAUGUUUCCCCAAUUUGGUUAUCUUAGAACUAACAGCAGUACCCACCCUGUCUUUAUUAUUGAACUUGGCCAUUUUAAGUCUGUUUGGAACCUACUGUGAAGCCUCAGGAAGCUGUAUCUCAAAAUUGCAACAAAGCAUCUGCAAUAUAUUCUGUUUUAGAAAAAUUAGUCUUUUGGUUAUCUGAAUUUUUAGCCACUAGCAAGAAAAACUUUCAGCAACCCAUGGGAAAACUUCUUUUUCAAGCGUUUGAUACUUGGAAAAUAAACUUUGAUGUUAUUAAGUAUUCUCCGAGAGGAAACAAAAAGAGGGAAAAGGCAAACUAUUCUGUCAACGAUACCUUAGAAUAAGAAAGGCAAAAUAGAAUUUUGACAUUGUUGACUUUAUAAGGCAGCUAUUUGAGAGCUCGGGACUCUGGAAAUACAGACAGACAUGGCAGAACGAUUUGCUUUAGUUUGCUUUAGGUUGGCAGAAAGCAGGAAAAUAACCGGCUUCCUGACUCACCCAUAGUUUUAGCAAACUCUUCAGCACCGAGCAGAGCAGAGGAGUGUUCUGCAAAAUGGUCAAUAAGGACAAUUUUCCUCGGAAUUUCCCCACCUCUAUCAGUAUUCCCAGUAUUCCUUGUAGUUUCACAUGUCCUGUGCCAUCUUCCUUCAAGUUCUGCUUGAGUAGUUUGCUGUUUUUCAUGUAGUUAGAUAAGGAAGUAACGAAAUAGAUUUGCAUCACUCUGAGAGAACAUCAGUAGCAAUCACUUUUGAUUAUGCAUAAUAACGUUUUAAGAAAUUUAAGGGUAUCCUGUUGGUUUGGGGGUAAAUGCUCAUUGAAAUUCCUGGUUGAAACCAUUUAAGAAUGAUCUCAUUGACAUUUGGACUUCUCUUAGUAGUAGAAUGUAGCACUUUAGAAUUCAGAGCUCUAUCUGGGUUAAUGAGCUAUUUAUAUUCUGUUGAGGCUGUCCCAGAAUAUUAGCUGGUCACUGAGAAAGAAAGUUGCUAAAGGAGACAAUAUUACAUAAAUGUACAAAGCUUUUCAGCAGUGUCAAUUCUUCCUAACCCAUAACUUGGCUGCUGUUCUUCCCCCCAAAAUUAUAGACAGGAUUUUCUUUCUUCAUAUGUUAGGAUAUUCUUGGAGGUGGCCACCUGGCCUAUUGUCUCUCUAAGAUUCUUUCUUAUUCCCACUUAAGAGGACACAAUUGUUUAUUGUUUGUACCACCACCAGAACUCUCCCAUUUAUGGAAAUACUUUAUCACCUCCUCCAUGCACUCUAAACUGUAUGUACCUUUCAAUCAUUUUCUUAAAUGUGCUAGUCAUAGCUCUGGAGUGUAUUAGUUAUUUAUUGCUGUAUUUAAAAAAAUUAUACUAAAACAUAGCUAAAAACAGCAGAUAUUAUCUCACAUAGUUUCUGAGGGGCAAGAAUCUGGGAGCGGUUAGGCUGGGGGGUUCUGGCUCUGGGUCUCCCAAGAGGUUGCUGUCAAACUGUGAGCUGGGGCUGCAGCCAUCAGAAGCUUGACUAGAGCUGAAGGUGCUGAUUGCAGACUCACUCGUGUGGCUCUUUGGCAGGAGGCUUCAGUUUCUCACUGUGUGGACCUCUCCACAAGGCUGCUCAGGCCAUGGCGUCCCUAUCCCCUCUGCCAUACUCUGUUGCUCACACAAGCCAACCCUGGUGUAAGGGGGAGGGGACCACAUAGAGGGUGAAUACCAGGAGGUGGGGACCACUGGGGGCCACCCUGGGGGCCGCCUGCCACAGUGAGCAACUUUGGGGACAGAGGGGUUGGUCUUCAAGAAGGAUUUUGAGGAAAUACUAUCCCUUUAGUAGUUGUGAGAUGUCAUAAAGUCUUCCUGGGAAGUCAUAAAGUCUUCUGGGUCUCAUUUUAUCAUCUGACAGAUAAGGAAUUUCGAUAACCUCUAAGGCUCUUUCCCAUUCUGAAAUUCUGAUUCUAAUUGCAGCAAGAAUGGACUCAGUCUAUGAAAGAAACCAGAUCAAGGAUUCUACAUGUAUUUUGACUUAGAGUAAAACUAAUCAGGACUAUUAUUUUUGCCAUUUCAAAUUGAACAAAAUCCCUAGUUAGAUUUACAGUAUUCAAGGCUUCCUCCAGCAUGAUUGGAAUUUGAUAUAAAUAACCAUUGUUAUUUUGAAUUGGACAAGAUAUAUAGAUAGCUCUAGUUUUAGUUCUGCUUGGUUCCAGACUUAGUUUUGAGCCUAUAAAUGAGUGUGAGCAGGUGAGGCUUUGGGAAGUUAAGCGUCAAAAAAAAAUUAAACCACCUCUGUGCAGCCUGAGCAGAUGGAUGGAAAGCUGUCCUGAUUGAAACUGUUCUUUGCCUCUUAUUGUGCUAGAGAAGGCAGCCUCCCCUCUGAGUCUAAAUUGAGUUACUUAUGGAUCAACUGAUAACAUAACUUGGCUAUUCUGAACCCUGGUCAAUAGUAUCACAACAUCUCAGCAUUGGAAGAAAAAGAAAUGGUUGAGUCCAGCCCCUCGGUCACACUUCAGUCCUGCUGAGUCAGUCCCAUCAUGGGAGGCCCCCAUCCCUGCAGAGGUCUUUGCAUGAGCUGAGCUCUGCACUCCCACCUGCCUCCACCCACUAGGUCUUACUCUUCCCUUUAGUAAUUUGCAUAACCUUUGCUGACGAAAUACAAAUUUUAAAAAGGUAUUAUUUCUAAUGAUAAAUUCUAGUUAGUGCCAACUUAAUCUGAAUAUAAAGCAAUACAAAACUGCAGUGAAAUUGAACUUCUGCACUGUUUAUUUUCCAGGGUACAGUUUAAAAGCCUGGUGCCCUAAUCUUUUCCCCCUUUCCUGCAACUGACUGAGAUAAAGAUUUACAUUUAUUUCACUUAAGAUGCCUCAGAAGUGCAUUUCUCUUUCUGAGGACACUGUGUGUGUGUGUGUGUGUGUGUGUGUGUGUGUGUGUGUGUAUGUAUGUGUGUGUUUGGUUUUUUAAGAGCUAAGCCAUUCGUGUCUAAUGCCAUGCAGAGAGCAGAUAUUUCACAUAUCACGUCAAUAAAGGUCACCAAAAUUGCUUUGACAGCUACCUUAGCUCACUAAGGAAUUAAAACACACACACACACGGGGCAGGGUGGUGGUGGUGGUGGUAAAGCCAAUGGGCUAUAAAAUGAAUCACAGCCUAGUUCUCAGGGUCCCUAGAUUAGCAAAGAGAAGACUGAGAUUAGCCCCACCCCCUCCUGAAAGUGGCUUCCCAGGCCCUCAGUGCCAGCUUGUGCCUGAAGUGACAACUCUGUAUUUCCUCUCUUCUUGCUGUACCUCCCCUUUCAUAUCAUUUUUAUGCUCCUUACAGUACUUCAUUUUAUUUUAAAAAAUAUUUAUAAAGUACCCCUUUUCUGAAAAUAAAGUUAGGUUUAAUGAGAGUUCUUUCUCAGAUUUCUGUUUGAUGGAAAAACGAUGCAGAAAUCGGGGAAGAGCAGGGGCUGUAUUUCUUCUGGCCAGCAGAGGGUGCACUUGUCCUAGGCAGCCACUGUCUCCCUCUCUGGGCUCCCCUAGGAUCUUUUCCAAUUCUUAGUGAGAGUAGGAAACCAGCGUCUGACACAGGGACUCUUAAUGAGAUUGUGUCUCAAGUGGCAGUUCAUCUGCAUCUCGACAUUACUGAAAUCUAUAAAAUAUUCCACACCCCCAUCCAGUUCCAGUUCCACAAAUAAAGGCUUUAAAAAUUAGAUUUAAAAAAGAAUCUGUGGUUGAUCUUUUAGUUGGACAACAGUAAGUAAAUGUUGAUUUUAAACAACUAGAGAGACAGCUCCUCCGGCAGUGAUGGUAUAUUUUUGGAAAGAAGGGAAGUGAGUUUUAUCACGCACCAUAUGUUCAUGUGCGGUAGCACUUACUAUGGUAUUUUGGAGAAAACAUUUGCUUUUCAACACACACAACUUAUAGCGUUAGUUUCAUUUCUUCACUACAACUAAAGCUUUACCUUAAGUCAAAUCAGUAGAACUGCGAAUCUGCUUCCCCUCACCUAUUGUACAAUGUCUCCCUAUUGGAUUAAACUCAAGUGACAUUCAAUAUUGUAAAAGAGACAAGACUAGAAACAUCUGCUAACUUUUCCAGAUCUCAUCUCUUGAUCUGAAAAUGUCAAAACUGGUAUUUCCUUUAAAUACUCAAAAUACUCCCAUCUAAAGAAGAUGCUGAGUCAUAACAUGACUAAGUUGAAGGUUACAGGGAAGACUAAACAUUUAUUUAGAAGUUACAGUGUUUGUUUUUACAGAUAUAUGUUGCCACAGAUUAUUGAUUCUGGAAGGUUUGUUAAUGCUUAUAGUACUGUACACAUCUUAGUCUGUCCUCAUGGGCACCUUAUGAAAAUAUUUCCCAUAGUAUCAAAGCCAGCCAUCUUCAAGUGUCUCUGUGAUACCGGAGACCCUGCUUUGCCCUUAUGGUCAAAGGGAAGAACAUGCCUGGGAGUCUCCCUUUCAUCAGGUUAUCUGGGGGCCUCCAGCACCCUCCUAGGCAGUUGCUGAGGUUCUGAGUGAAGAGUUGCUCUCCUCAGUCUGUAUUCUGGCCAGUCUGUGUCAGUCUUUCCUGGUUGACGCCUAUUCUGUUGCGGCUUCUUUGUUUUCCCUCUCAUACCUCAAUGGGUUGGACUCCCUAUGUCUCUCCAGAAUUAUAAAGACACAUAUACAUUUAUUUACAAGUGUAUAAAUAUAUAAAUAUGGCUAUUAUAGAAAAAUAAAUACCAAUUUUCUCUGUCUCUUUUAAAAAACAAUAUAUAGUCUUUCUGGGAUACUGGCUUCUGCCUAAAUUGUGGGAGG